AAGUAAAAUCUCCUCCUACGCACAUCUUGAUCUACUUGCAACGCUAACCCGGCAAAUGAAUGAAACGGGAUGAAAUGCUGGGACCUGAUUGGCUUCAGCUCAAGACGGACCUGAGUGAAACCCAAAGGAGAGCAAGUUUAAGGGGUCGAGGAUCGCCCUUGGGCUGGAACUUCGUCAAAACGUUGCAGCGGUUGCGAGUUGCUGCUGCUGCGUCCCAGGAAAUUCUUGGCGGUGGGGCGGAGAGGAUGGAGGGACCAGCUGGGAGGUCGGCGGAGAUGGGGGGCAGGACCCUGAAAGAAGACUUGCAAGUAGAACGGAGUGAGGCCUGUGAGCUUGUUCAACAUGAAGGUAAAGAUGACCCUGAAGAAGUGCUUGAUGAAGCAGCCCAGCAAAGCCAGCUGCAGCCUCCCCUACCUCAGCAGGCAACCUUUCUUUCAAAUACCAUCUCGGAGGUGCAUCUGAGUGAGAGGAAUGAGCACUCCAAAGUGCUUGACACCGUCCGGGAGAACCAAGAAACUCUCCAAAUGGUCCUGAUGAAUCAGGAGACUCUGAAGGGUCUGACGGCUAAGCUCCUGAAGGCAGUAUCUUCCAUUGAAGAAAAAGUCCAAGCCAUGGGACAAGAGAUGGGCACCCUCAGCCAGUUCACCCAAGAACUCAACCAAGUAGGAGAUGAAAGCAACUGGGCUUAAAACUACUCUUCAGGAAAUGACUAACCUGGUCACUAUCCAAAGUGGGCCUGACUCUGAGGUUGCAACUGAAAAAAACAAUGUUUUUGGUAUCUUAAACAGACAGAAUGUGCUGCAGAAUAGAAAAUAAAAAUAGUUUCAAUACAGAUUUGAAUGAGCAAACUCCAGUGUUCCUAUAAAGAGUAUAAACACACUGGCUGAAAUCCAGUAGUAAAUUGCAACUAGCGAAGGCCCAUUGAAUCAAUGCAACUCAUGAAGGAGUUGAUUCAUCAAAAACCCCAUUGAUCCAAUGGGCCUGCUCUCGUUGCAACUGAACUAUUGGAUUACAAGCUUUCUUUUACACCUGGCUUGCAUACUUUUCUUUUCUCUCUCUCAAAAAAAUGUAGCAUAUUCUAUAAUAUUGUCAAACUGCUCAAAACAGCAUGGAAGCCUGCUCAAAAUUUUUUAACUACAUAAAUAACUCAAAGUUCAUCUGAAGAAAUUGUUUAGGAUCCAAACACUUGGGAGCAUAUCCGAACAUCUCUGAGACUUUGUGAACAUGUUUUGGGUGAAGACUUAAGAUUUCCAUUUCUGAAGAUGAUUGCUUUAACCAUUAGUCACCUUCAUUUGCCUAAAUUCUUCAUGGAAAAUGUUUAGUGAAAGCUUCUUCACCUAGAAAGUUCAAAUGUAAAGUGAGACUGGGGUCGAAUAUUCAAUUCAUGUUUUCAGAGACGUUUCUGUUUCAACAAAUAAUAGUUUCUAUUGUAUAUAUUUUGGGAAAUGCUUCCUUGAUUUGAUCUGAAAAAUAUGGAACCGUAGCAUGUGUCAGAUUCUAUUGGUAGAUGUAUCCUGAAGCUUUCACUAAACAUUUUCCUGAUGCAAUGAGAUACAGUUCGCUAACAUGUCUUUUUUUUGUAUUGACAUCUUUGCACUUUUUCCAAGUUGACAAAAGAAGGUGGCAAGAGACCUUCAUUUUACUGAUGUUCCUCUUGAUGUGCUUUGAAAGAUUUAAAUAGGAUAUAGUGCCUAUCACUGUAGGAACAUAGUGACUUGAAUGGCCAGUGUCAGUUGGAUAAACUACACUAAAAAGAACUUUAUCCUUAAUAUGCUUCAAACAGAUACUGGAAAAGUUACUUCUUGGACUCAGUUCCUAGCAUUCCCAAUGAACUACUAUUGUAGUCCAAAAAAAGUAACUGUUGUAAGUUCAGCUUUUAAGUGGUGCACUGGUUCCCAAUGUUGGUUAGCCCAGGUGUUUUUGGACUGCAAUUCCCAGAAGCCUUCACCAUCAGCUGUGCUGGCCAGGGUUUCUGGGAGUUGCAGUCCAAGGAACCACUGAACUAGUGUAUGGGUGCAGAUUCUGAUAGAUACUCUUCCCACCAAAAACAGGCCCUGUUAGAUGGUUUCAAACAUGUUGAAUCUGUAAAGGAAAGAGAAGGCUCCAUUGGGAUGGAUGAAAAGGUGGGUAAGAACAGAAGCCUCCUUGGUCACGUUUAAUUCCAGUGGGACUUGCCAAGGAUAUAAAUGGCUUGUGGGCAGCAUGGGCUGGUUCAGUAGAGCUGUAUGUAUUUAGCACUGUACCUAAACCCUACCUUUCUUAUAACAGAUUGAACAUGUUGGAGGGUCUGCCCAUAGAGAAGUCGGUAUGAUGUUGGCUAUGUUCAAAUUUUAUUUAUCUAUUUUUAUUUGUAAUAAAUGUGCAGCAAUAAAGUUCCGUGCAAACAA